GGUUGCCACCCGCUCUGCCCCAGAUCACGUUUGCCACCCACAGCCAACCACUCUUGUCGAAGUCCGCGGGCAAGAGGCGAUUGGGGGCGAGCGAGCUCGGCACCCCAGGCCCCGUCCGGUCCCCGCCGGCCCGAGGCGGAAUAUCCUGCUCUCCGGGCCACCUCCCCAUCGUGGAAUCGGAGCAGCGGCCUCGUAGGAAGGCAGAAGCGAAAUGUAGCGAGCCGGGUGUCGCGGUUGAACGCUCGCCUUGGCUGGGAGUGUAGCGGGGCACACGCUGGGGCUCGGAAGAGGACGGCUAAGGGGGAGGAGUGAUGAGAAGAGGGGGUACCCUGCACCCCCCGAUACCGCGGGCUCCUGCUGCCACUCUCCAGGCGCCCUUCAUCCCCAGCGAGGCGCAGGUGUUCCGCACAAAUUCUUGUGACUUUAAGGACCAGGCAACUGAGAAAGUACAAGAUCUUCUCAAGAAGGGAGGAGACCUCUGGGAGAGCGGGGAAGGACAGCAGACCCCGGGACCAGCUGAGCCCAGGGUGCUGCGGGAAGCUGAAGGCACCCAGCAGGCGUGGGAAGAAGCCCCAGCCUCAGACUGAGGCUGUGUUCUGAACAGUUCUGAACGCAUUCAGCUUUUCACAAGCGAGGGCUGCAGCACCAGGCACCGCAGACUCAAGGUUGAGCCCUUCCCUUCUGCUCCGAGGAGGAGGAGCCGGCCACUGAGAACCAAAGAUUCCCCCAGCACAGUGCAGAGCUGGGGGCAUGCACCCGCACCCCCAGUGGCAGCCGCUGCAUCUGGUGUGAGGAGUCUGUUUCCUUCCAGCUCCGGGCCGCCACGCUUGAUGGGGCUGCCUUUUGGUAGAUCAGUUUUUACAGUGCCAGGUAGGAGUGGAGAGCCGUGGGAAGAGGUCCCGCGGCACUCAAGCCUGGGUUCAACCCAAGACUAAGUUCUUCCCCGAGUUAGAGUCAGAGAGAGAAAGGAAAAUAAAUAAAUUCUCCCUUCCUCUCCUCCCUGCCUGUCAUGUCCUCUAAGCCAGAGCCAAAGGACAUCCACCAGCCGAACGGUACUGGCCCUACUCCCUCUCCAUGCUCUUCGGAUGGCCCUGGGCGAGAGCCCUUGGCUGGGACCUCAGAGUUCCUGGGGCCUGAUGGGGCUGGGGUGGAGGUGGUGGUGAUUGAGUCUCGAGCUAACGCCAAGGGAGUCCGGGAGGAGGACGCGCUGCUGGAGAACGGGAGCCAGAGCAAUGAAAGUGACGACGUCAGCACAGACCGCGGCCCCGCGCCACCCUCCCCGCUCAAGGAGACCUCCUUUUCCAUUGGACUGCAAGUGCUGUUCCCCUUCCUCCUGGCAGGCUUUGGGACCGUGGCAGCUGGCAUGGUGCUGGACAUUGUGCAGCACUGGGAGGUCUUCCAGAAGGUGACAGAGGUCUUCAUCCUGGUGCCUGCACUGCUGGGACUCAAAGGGAACUUGGAAAUGACCCUGGCGUCGAGGCUGUCCACUGCAGCCAACAUUGGACAAAUGGACACACCUAAGGAGCUCUGGCGGAUGAUCACGGGGAAUAUGGCCCUCAUCCAGGUGCAGGCCACGGUGGUGGGCUUCCUGGCGUCCAUUGCAGCCGUUGUCUUUGGCUGGAUCCCUGAUGGCCACUUUAGUAUCCCGCAUGCCUUCCUGCUGUGCGCCAGCAGUGUGGCCACGGCCUUCAUUGCCUCCUUGGUGCUGGGUAUGAUCAUGAUUGGAGUCAUCAUUGGGUCUCGAAAAAUUGGGAUCAACCCAGACAACGUGGCCACGCCCAUCGCCGCUAGCCUGGGCGACCUCAUCACCCUGGCACUCCUCUCAGGCAUCAGCUGGGGACUCUACCUGGAACUGAAGCACUGGCGAUACAUCUACCCCCUGGUAUGUGCCUUCUUUGUGGCCCUGCUGCCUGUCUGGGUGGUGCUGGCCCGAAGGAGCCCAGCCACAAGGGAGGUGUUGUAUUCAGGCUGGGAGCCGGUCAUCAUUGCCAUGGCCAUCAGCAGUGUGGGCGGCCUCAUCUUGGACAAGACUGUCUCGGACCCCAACUUUGCAGGAAUGGCUGUCUUCACACCUGUGAUUAAUGGUGUUGGGGGCAAUCUGGUGGCUGUGCAGGCCAGCCGCAUCUCCACCUUCCUCCACAUGAACGGCAUGCCCGGGGAGAACUCUGAGCCAACUCCUCGCCGCUGCCCCAGUCCGUGCACCACCUUCUUCAGCCCUGACGUGAAUUCGCGCUCAGCCCGGGUCCUCUUCCUCCUUGUGGUCCCCGGACACCUGGUGUUCCUCUACACCAUCAGUUGUAUGCAGGGCGGGCACACCACCCUCACCUUCAUCUUCAUCAUCUUCUACAUGACAGCUGCACUGCUCCAGGUGCUGAUUCUCCUGUACAUCGCUGACUGGAUGGUGCACUGGAUGUGGGGUCGGGGCCUGGACCCAGACAACUUCUCCAUCCCAUACUUGACUGCUUUGGGGGACCUGCUUGGCACUGGGCUCCUAGCACUCAGCUUCCAUGUCCUCUGGCUCAUUGGGGACAGAGACACAGAUGUUGGGGACUAGCUUAGCCACUCAGCCUUUUCCCCACCCCUCUGCACUUUCUAUUUGGAUUUUUUUUUUCCUUUUGUUUCCCUACCCCACCCUACACUACACUCCCACAUCUUUCUGGGAUUUCACUUUGAUACCAAAUUCUCAUUAUUUUCAAUGGGAAUUUUUAUACAUUGAGCCAAGUUUGGAUAGCAAGAAUUCAGGAAAGACAGAUGGACUGAAGUAAGCAGUAAAAGUAGACUUUUGAGACAAUCACCAAGUGCAAUUCCAUGGUGGGUGCCUCCAGGUGAGGUAGAUUGGGACCUUGGCAUUCUGUCUGGCAUCUGGGGACCUUUGGAUUAGCUUUAGCAACCUGAGCCUUGGCCCUAACGAGAAACUCUUUGUAAGUGGGCUCUGGGUUGUUUUCAGUUUGGUUGAACAGAGGGAUAAUUAACACUCCCACACGUACAUGUACUUUUAUAGCCGUGGACCAACUUCAAAGCGCUGGGCAGGAGAAAGUUGCUUCAGCUCCCACUCGUCACCGCCAUGCUGUUCUAGGCCAGCCUGCACGCAGAGUCAGGCGAACUGACUGUUCCGUCUACGCACGCGCCUUGCCCAACUGCCUGAUUGCUUUCCAGCCGGAUGGGCGGUGGCCGGGCUCUGCAUGGGUCAGUGUCGUCCAUAGGUUUCCAAAGGUCCACGUGCCCCCUGAGUCUAGAGACCCUAAUGACUCUUCGAGCCUCCAUCCUAGUUGUCUCCAAGCACUCCCUGUCCCCACAGCUUGCCAGAUGGGCUUCUAAGAUUGGGGGGCAGGACAAGGAAACGUGGCUAACGAGGUUGAUGCAACCCGGAGGUGUUUCACUGCUCUCCCUCACGAGGACGUAACCGCGUGGUCUGUCACUUCCUAAAAUCACCCAUUUGAUCAUACCAGAGGUCAGUUGGCCUUUCUCUUGGCUCCCGCCCACUGGCAUUCGUCAUCCAGUCAUUCAUUCAGCAAAUCUCAGCCUCCCCUAGAUGAGCCUUUCCGCAGCAUGGCCUGCAAUAAUUCUCCAUUGAGCAAUAGUUACGGGGUGCCUACUGUGUUGGGUACAGUGCCAAGCAUUGACUAGCCAGUGCUAAGGGUAUCACAGCCCUAACCUCACCUCAUUCCCUAGGUUACAGAGGCCAUGUGCCCCUUUCAAUCUGGCAGCAAAUGUUCCCUCGCUGUAGGUAUCUGUGCCUACUUCAAGGCAAGCUCUGCCUCAUUCCCUCUAGACCUGAACUCUGGUGAUUGCCAGCCCCGUUGCUUGGGCAGUUUCAUGUCCUAAAACACCCUCCCUCCCUUUCUCCCUCCUCUUCUCUUCUCUGCACAUCUCACUACACACUCAGAAGAGGGUUUAGAGCAAGCUGAAUAUCAAUUGGCUGCCUCGGCAUCUGCCUAUACACCAUUGGAAGGAAACUGGAGUCCCUUCCCCACACAUUGCCCCAAACGGCUCAACAGCUGGCCUGCAGGCUUCCUUCUAGUCUGUUUGCCAGGAGCCCAUAAACUCUUUCCCUGUGUAGCCUGAAGUACUGGUCUGCAAGGAGAGGAUUAAACUGUGCCUGGACCUACAGAGACUUCUCACCUUCAUCCCUUCCCACAUCACCUGACAUCAUAGAACCUUCCAAUUGGAAGGAGUCACAGAGGUUAUCUAGCUGGAGUUGUGUCGAGCAGAUUAAUACCAAUCUGGGCUUGUUUCUGGUCUACCCUCUGGCCUCACUCCACCCCUCAACACAGACUUGUACAGGCACCACACCCCGAGACUGUGACCCCGGGUUCCCCAGCCACUUCCCCUGUCCUGGUUUAUGGUGUUGGAUCAGGUUGUCUGGAGACUGAAGCGUCCCUCUUCCUUUGCCUAGAAAACAGAAGGGUAGGCACGCCCAGGCUCAGCGUGUGUGAGCAGAGGAGGCCUGGGUGAGUGAGAGGGAAGACGACGUCAGUGGGAGACUCCUCUCUUCUCCCCCGGUUGCACCUAUUGCAUGUACUUUUGGCCUGACUGGAAGAAACAAAAUUGGUUUACUUUCAUAUUCUUCACAAGUUACAGAACUGUGUCUUAAGAGAAUUAUUUAUAGUUGCUAUAACUGAAUUGACAAAUGUCGACUUAACUGAUAAAUUAUAUUUGGUAAAAUAAAGUGAAAGUUUAUUUCGA